AUGGCGGAUGUGGGCACCAUGUGCGAUCCGAAACGCAGCUGCUCAGUGAUAGAGGACGAUGGUCUGCCAUCCGCCUUCACAACAGCACAUGAGCUGGGUCACGUCUUCAAUAUGCCACAUGACAAUGUCAAAGCCUGUGAGGAGGUGUUUGGAAAACUCAAAGAGAAUCACAUGAUGUCACCCACAUUGAUCCAGAUUGACCGAGCCAAACCCUGGUCAGGGUGCAGUGCCGCCAUCAUCACCGACUUCUUAGACAGCGGGCAUGGUGAAUGUCUCCUGGAUGAGCCAGCAAAGCCUAUCACAGUUCCUGAUGAGCUCCCUGGAGUGCGUUACAGCCUUAGCCGACAGUGCGAACUGGCAUUUGGCCUGGGCUCCAAGCCUUGCCCUUACAUGCAGUAUUGUACCAAGCUGUGGUGUACAGGCAGAGCCCGGGGGCAGCUGGUGUGCCAGACCCGCCACUUUCCCUGGGCUGAUGGUACCAGCUGUGGUGAGGGACGGUUUUGCCUGAAUGGAGAGUGUGUGGAGAAGCACAACACUAACCGAUAUAAGGUGGAUGGGUCCUGGGGGAAGUGGAGCCCAUAUGGGCAUUGCUCCCGGACUUGUGGUGGAGGUGUUCAGCUGGCAAAAAGAGAAUGUAACAACCCAGAACCAUCCCACGGAGGGGCCUUCUGUGAGGGUCUACGGGUCAAAUACAGAUCCUGCUUAUUAAAUCCCUGUCCUGAUACAGUUUCAGGUAAAGGCUUCCGGGAGGAACAGUGUGAAGCUUUCAAUGGUUACAACCACAGCACCAAUCGACUGACAUCCACAGUAGGCUGGGUCCCCAAAUACUCCGGAGUGUCUCCAAGAGACAAGUGCAAGCUGAUCUGCAGAGCCAAUGGCACCGGCUACUUCUACGUCCUGUCACCAAAGGUAGUAGAUGGGACGGUAUGUGCACCGGACUCCACAUCCGUCUGUGUACAGGGAAAGUGUAUUAAAGCCGGCUGUGAUGGGCAGCUAGGCUCCAAGAAGAAAUUCGACAAAUGCCGAGUGUGCGGUGGGGACAAUAAAAGCUGCAAGAAGGUGUCCGGACUCUUCACUAAACCCAUACACGGUUACAACUUUGUGGUCACUGUUCCGGCUGGUGCCAGCAACCUGGAUGUGAGACAACGUGGUUAUAAAGGCCUAAUCAGUGAUGACAACUACUUAGCAGUGAAGAACUCCCAAGGUCGCUACAUGCUGAAUGGGAAUUACAUUGUGUCUGCAGUGGAGCGUGACAUUCCGAUUCGUGGCAGCCUGCUGAAGUACAGCGGUACAGGGACUGCAGUGGAGGCCUUACAAGCAAUCAACAUCAUACAAGAGCCAUUGACCAUAGAGGUAUUAUGUGUUGGCAAAAUGACCCCUCCACGUCUCCGGUACACCUUCUAUAUCCCUAGAGAAAAGAAAGACAAUUCUGCUGGACAAAUAAUAAGUAACAGCCUGGCUGCUCUGCCCCCUCCUCCUCCGCGACCCAAACCACAGUCUCAGUGGUCGACCGGCAACUGGGGAGAAUGUUCUGUCACCUGUGGCAAUGGGCAGCAGACUCGAAUCGUGGAAUGUCGUGACCCCUGGGAACAUCUGACAUCUGAUUGCCCGGCCUCUCUGCGGCCACCAGUGGUAAGGACCUGUGGUGACCCAUGCCCCAUGUGGGAGGCUGGAGGAGUGGACAAGCUGUUCAAAGAUCUGCGGCAGGGGGUUCAAGAGACGGCAGCUGAGGUGCAGUGCAGGUGGGGGAGUAACUUUACCCAGAGAGCACUGUAA